AGCGUCCGUCGCCUGACGCCGCGGGAGCCGGGCUUCGGUCGCUCAAGAGAUCACCGGCUUUCUCCCUAUGGUUGCAGCAGAGAGAUCAUGACGGGGAAGAAGUCUUCCCGGGAGAAGCGGCGCAAGCGAAGCAGUCAGGAGGCAGCCGCAGCGGUCUCGGCCCCGGACCCGGUACCUAUCCUCGCCAGCAGCGGCAGUGGAAGCACCAGCGGCUGCGGGAGUACCAGCGGCUGCGGGAGCGUCACCUGCUGUGGGAACACCAGCUUCAGUGGAAGUGUCACCGGCGGUGGGAGCGUCGGCAGCUGCUGGGGUGGGAGCAGCGUGGAGCGUAGCGAGCGCCGGAAGCGAAGGAGCACCGACUCGUCUUCCAGUGUCUCGGGUUCCCUGCAGCAGGAAACCAAAUAUCUUUUGCCAUCUUUGGAAAAAGAAUUAUUCUUGGUAGAGCACAGUGACCUUGAAGAAGGUGGACUGGACCUGACUGUGUCAUUAAAACCAGUUAGUUUCUAUAUAUCAGACAAAAAAGAAAUGCUUCAGCAGUGCUUCUGUAUCAUAGGGGAGAAGAAGUUACAGAAGAUGCUUCCUGAUGUGUUAAAGAACUGUUCAAUAGAAGAAAUUAAAAAACUAUGCCAGGAACAAUUAGAACUCCUGUCUGAAAAAAAAAUUUUGAAGAUUCUUGAGGGUGACAAUGGUAUGGACUCUGAUAUGGAAGAGGAGGCAGAUGAUGGCUCUAAGACGGGAUCUGAUUUAGUCAGUCAACAAGACAUCUGUAUAGAUUCUGCUUCAUCCCAGAGGGAGAACAAGCAACCUGAAGGUUUGGAAUUAAAACAAGGCAAAGGGGAAGAUAGUGAUGUACUCAGUAUAAAUGCAGAUGCUUAUGACAGCGACAUAGAAGGCCCAUGCAAUGAAGAAGCAGCUGCUCCCGAGGUCCCAGAAAAUACGGUCCAAAAUGAAGCUGGUCAGAUAGAUGACUUGGAGAAAGACAUUGAGAAAAGUGUGAAUGAGAUUCUGGGACUGGCAGAGUCUAGUCCAAAGGAACCCAAAGCAGCCACCCUGACAGUUCCCCCACCAGAAGAUGUUCAGCCCUCUGCACAGCAGCUGGAGCUGCUAGAACUGGAGAUGAGGGCAAGAGCGAUUAAGGCACUAAUGAAAGCUGGCGAUGUGAAAAAGCCAGCAUAGUUAUUGAAUUUGAAUUUUAGGUGUAUUUGAAUGAAGCCAUGUCAUAUAAUUUUGUUUAUGAGGUUUAUUUUGGGUCUUAUAUGACAUUUCUCAUGUAACUCUUAUUAGGUAAACUGAUCAUAGGCUUAAGAUGUCUGGUUGUUUUUUGUUCCUUUUAUAUUGUAUAUGUGUGUUAUUGUUUUAUGAAUUCAUGACAGAUAUAGUUGGAUAGCCUGGAAAUUUUGUUAGAUGAGUACUUAGCUACGUCUGCAAAUUAAUAUCUUGAAAGCCAUUAGCAAAGAGUCACAGUGUUUUUUCUUUACUUGUAAAUAUUUUGACACCAAACCUCAACGCUUCAGAAAGAUUGACCAAGCAUGUUACUCUUAAGGCUACCUAUAUUUUAAAAUAGAAUAUUAAAUUAUUACUCCUAGAUUUGUUAACAAUUUAAGAAAUUUAGUUUAGUUUAUCUGCACUUUUAAAAUAUAUACUGUCUUGGCGAUGCCUUCUGUUGGUGUGGAUUUACUAGUUAAAACUGAAUCACGUUUUUUUUUAUAAGGAUGAGAUCCCAAAUAGCUGAGGGAAACUUUUUUUUAAUAAGUCAAAAAAGUGACUUAAUUUAAGGCAAUUAUUAACAAUGUAGAACUAAUUGCCCAAGUUUAAUUCCAGCAGACAAGUCAUUCUGACAGGUAUUGGACAUUAUUGGACACUUAGUUCAAGUUUUUUUGUUUUCAAUUAAAAAAGAACCAAUUUUCAUUUACAUUCCAAGCUGUCAGGAAGAGGAGAAUGUUUUAUUGUAUAAUAUUUCAUUGGGUGUUUUUUCUUGACGAUCUGAUGUGAUAUAAACUCCAUGAAUCAAAAAAAAAAAAGAAGAUUGUCAUUCUGGAACUGAAGACUUUUGAUACUUUUCCAAAGGCAAAAUUAAUUUCAGGGACCUUUGAUAGGUUGAUGUCAUCAUUAAUCUAAUUUUGUAUAGUUUUUGUAAAUAAAGUAACAUCCUGCCGUAAUGAAAGAUGCUUUUUCCUCCCUUUACUAAUUGCAGUUGUUUGAUACCAACAUAAAUUUAGGUAGGGACCCUUAACUUAAAUUAAUUUUUCUUCUUGAAUAUAAAUUUCAGGCUAUUGUUUUAAUAUUCAGUUACAACUAUAGUGCAUUUUAUUUGUAAGUCAUGCUACUGGUGUUGUAUGAGAAUCUACCUCAUACACAAAGCUUGUAGGGAUUGAUUUUACUAGCUGACUUAAUUAUAUGUUCAUUUUAGAGGGUUUCUUAUGAACUAGAGGGCAUUUAUUAAACAUUGGAGUUGCGGUUACAAUUUUUGUUUUUUCCUGAACAUGGCUUUAAAAUAACCCUGCUUUUUUUCUUUAUUCAUGAAUCUUUCUAAUGAAACAGAGAUCUAUAUCAUUUGAAAUGCUGCUUUUACAGUGGUAAAUGUGGAUAUGAUUUACACAGUGAGUUCUCAUUGUUACUGCUUUAGGAUGAAAAAGCAUCGAUUAUGGUAAAAUAAUUUUUCUAUUCCAAGUUAAAAUAAAAAUAACAAUAAACUUCAUUGCUGCUUACUAAUUACAAAAUGCAGUAGAUGUCAUUCAUGUGAUUCAGUUUAUGACAUAAACAUAGAAAAAGGUCUGAGUGCUCUAUGACCGUUUAAAGUCACCACCUUCAUGAGCAUUGUGUGUCUGUUUUAUUCAGUGUGCAGAAUGGUUGAGAGGACAUUUGACUGGAGUAGAGUAGAUAAUGUGUGAGGUAGAAUGAGCUGAACAAAUUAGAGGCUACUUAGAUGCCGACCUUAAAAAAUCAACUUUGUCUCUCUCUCUCCCUUUUUUUAAUACUGAAAGACCUGAGAGGUUUUUAAGAAUGAAUAGCUUUAGAGAAUAGGAAUAACUUAGUUUUAAAAAUGCCAAAGUAAUGGGAAAAUACCAUAUAUUGAUCUGAUGCUGCCAUUUAAAUCAUCAACUUCCAAGUAUUUAUUGAAUGCCUCCAAGGUGUUCAGUCUUGUUUAGAAUAUUAAACCCAGAGAUGCUACAGUAUAGAUUUGUGUAUGGAAUACACUGAUUAAUAAAGCUAUGAGUGCUGCUUCUAAUGCCUAAUUUCUCCUUUUUGCUGAGGUAAGGAAAAUUUCUAGGUACUAUUUAAUUAAU